UGGCGUUCUGUUUAUGCAUUAUAAGGGUUAAAUGCCUGAUUCUACAAUGUGGGGCGGUGGACAAAGACCCCGGUCGGAGUAUUGGUGGACUGCAAUAUACGUUUCUUUGUUGCUUUGUUUUGUGAGACCGAUGUCGGCACAGAUAAGGUACACUAUUCCGGAAGAGGUGAAAGAGGGAUACACAGUUGGAAAUACUGCAAAGGAUUUGGGUCUUGACGUCCGCACUUUGCCGGACAGGCGACUUCGUAUCGUUUCUGGAUCUAAGGACUCGCUUUUUCUUAUAGACCAUAGCACAGGAGUGUUAUAUGUUCGUGAGAAAAUCGACCGUGAGGAGCUGUGUGACGGUAAUGGAGCGUGUUUUGUGAAUCUUAAAAUAGUUGUCGAGGACCCUCUGGAAAUUCAUUAUGUGAGAGUAGAAAUUACAGACAUAAAUGACCAUUCCCCCUAUUUCCCUCAUACAGAGCAACAUUUUGAAAUAGCUGAACAGACCCUCCUGGGGACGCGAUUCCAGGUUCAGUCAGCGCGUGACCCCGAUGUGGGAAUUCAUUCCGUGCGUCAUUACAAGCUAAGUCAUGAUGAGCAUUUUGAAAUUGACGUUCGUGAGAGACAUGAGGACAAAGUGCCAUUUCUUGUGUUGCGAAAAGCGCUGGACAGGGAAGACAGAAUAAUGCACAAACUGGUUUUAACUGCGAUUGAUGGAGGCAAUCCGCCAAAGACAGGCACUCUUAACAUUACUGUUAACGUGCUUGACUCAAAUGAUAAUCGGCCUGUGUUUAGCCAUGAAACAUACACAGUUUCAUUGCUAGAGAAUUCACCAGUUGGAACAGUUGUAGUUCAAGUAAAUGCAACUGAUUUAGAUGAAGGUUCCAAUGGUGCUGUAGAAUAUGCCCUAGGGAGGAAUUUAAAUGUGAAGGUCUACAAUGUUUUCGAAUUGGACAGCACCACUGGUGAAAUCCGUGUUAAAGGAAAGGUUGACUUUGAAGACACUGAUGUAUUUAAAUUGGACGUACAUGCUUCCGAUAGAGGUCAGCCCCCACUGACAGUUGAAUGUGGGGUGAUAAUACGAGUUUUAGACGUUAAUGACAAUUCACCCGAAAUAGAAGUCACCUCGCUGUCCAAUUUAGUUCUCGAGAACUCAAAACCAGGGACAGUUGUUUCGCUUAUCAGUGUUACAGAUAUGGACUCUGGCAUCAACGGCAAAGUGCUGUGUAAUCUGUCAGAAAAUGCUCCUUUUGAAUUAAAACCGUCAUUUCAGGACAAUAUGUAUUCCUUAGUAACAAAAGGACGUUUGGACAGAGAGGUAGUUUCUCAUUAUGAUGUAUCAAUUACAGCAAGUGACUUUGGUCAGCCUCCUCUGUCCGCAAUCAAAACCAUAAGCGUAGAAAUAGCAGAUGUCAAUGACAACAGACCAGAAUUCUUCCAAAACCCCAUUGAUUUGUAUAUGAUGGAAAAUAAUGCGCCUGGUGCUUCUAUAUUCUCUUUAAGUGCACAUGAUAAAGAUUUAAAUGAAAAUGCAAUGAUCUUCUAUCACGUUAUUCGAGAUGAAGGGGAUCACAAUAGUAUCACAACUUUUCUCAACAUUAAUCCUGAUAACGGAGUCAUUCAGGCACUCAAGAGUUUUGACUUCGAAGUCAUUAAAACAUUCAACUUCAGUGUAGUCGCCACUGACUCCGGAACACCCUCGCUCAGUAGCAAUGUCACAGUCAGUGUGUUCAUUCUGGAUCAAAAUGAUAAUGCACCAGUGAUUCUGUUUCCAAUCAAUUCAAACGGUUCCGCUGAAGGUGUUGAAGAGAUUCCACGCAACGUGAACGCUGGGUAUUUAGUGUGUAAGGUGAGGGCCUAUGAUGCCGACAUUGGAUAUAAUGGCUGGCUGUUGUUUUCCUUACAAGAAGUUACUGAUCAUACUCUAUUUGGGUUGGACCGUUAUACUGGACAGAUAAGAACUCUCCGUGCCUUCACAGAAACGGACGAAGCUCGGCAAAAAUUAAUUAUACUUGUCAAGGACAAUGGCAAUGUUUCAUUAUCUGCAACAGCAACUAUUAUUGUUAAUGUUGUGGAGCCCAGAGAGGCGAUUGCUGCGUCCGAUCUUCACACAACAAGCGACGAUGAGGAAAGUAACGUUACAUUUUAUUUGAUUAUUACACUGGGGUCAGUGUCUGUGCUUUUUCUAAUCAGUAUCGUCGUGCUGACCAUCAUGCAGUGCUCAAAACCUACUGACUACUCCUCAAAGUAUUUACAAGAGGCAAAUUAUGACGGGACGCUGUGCCACAGUAUUCAAUACAGAUCGGGUGACAAACGCUACAUGCUAGUUGGUCCCAGGAUGAGCGUGAGUUCAGCUGUCGUUCCAGGAAGCAAUAUGAACACCUUAAAAUCUGCAACCUGCCACCGGAUGUCUACUCUAGAGGUGAGUUGUUGGACUUUGUUUUUACACGUUGCAGUCAAUGCACACCUGAAUUUGUGCUUAACUCAAGUCAGUGGAGAAAAUCUGUUUGGUGUAUUAGAAGAUGUUGGGUGAACAUUUGAAAAGAAAUAUAAAUGGUACAAGUGAAGUGGUACAAGUGAUUUUAGGAAAGACGUGCUGGUAUAACACCAAAACUGACAGGGGAAACUUCUAUAAUGCUUGCUUAUUUAGUGUUCC